AUGAGUUGGCUGUCAAAAUCUUUUGGAUUAAUUUUACUUACAUUUUUGCUUACGAUAUGGGCAUCAAGUCCGCGAUGGGAGAAAAUGGCCUCCGACGUGGCCAAGAAGAUGAAUGUGACCGAUGAGACGAGGAUCGAUGAAGCUUGGAAGGCUGCCAUUUCCGUGGAUACGCAACUGCACGACUACUUUUACCGAAAGUUGGCCUUUGGAAAGAAAUCCAGUGCCCGUGGCGUUUUGGACAGUGCACAAGCCGACAUGAUAUCCUGCAUUGAACACUUCUAUAAUGGCGAAAAGGAGGAGCGGUUUAAGGACUGCGUCCGCCAUGUACUCGAUCUGCACUUGGUCAGACUGAAGGCCUUUAGUGAUAAAUCUUCCGAUGGGCGAGGUUCUAGCGGAGCAAGCAGACUUCAAGUCUGGCAGUGGUGAUUAUGGAGCACUGUAGCCCGAUCGCUGGCAGUCGUCAAGUCUGCUUUCUUUGUGCCUUCUGCCCUCUGUUGUACUUUAAUUAGACAGUCAACUCGAGACAGAA